GAAAAUUGGCGAGCGAGUUUGCGCUCGCGCUACUAGAAAAAAGUUUAUCCUAUAAGAAAAGGGAAAGAGCAAGAAGAAACAAAAGAGAAAGAGAACGAAAGGGAAAGAAUAACUACGAGAGCGGCAAGGACGACGAACCACGAGUAAAGGCGCUCGGUCGAUCGGCGUACCCCAAAAAUAAUGGGUUGAACUUUCGAGUGGCGUUCUCCACUCGUAAGAAGAAGCUGAAAUGGAAGGCGAGACGACGUGCUGCUUCAACUUUCGCGUUGAUUGCGUUCUUAACGAACGGUAGUCGGAUCUGCUCGGAAAUCGGCGCGUUUCGUCAGUCACAGAUGGAACGAAGGGCCCAGGGAUCGGUGCUAAAAGUGACGGAAGUGUGAAGUCCAACGAUAACAGUGAUAACGUAUUGUAACUUUCUUUUUAAACGCGGCAGUGCCUGUCCAUCGCUCUUUCAAAAUCGUCAAACAACCGCGCCCCGCAUUCUCCGUUCCGUUCGUUCGGCUCGCAUCGAGUGUAUCGUCGAUCUUCAUCGUCCGCAGAUCCUGUCCGUUAUUUAUACAUUCGCGAGGAAAUCUCGGGAGCGUAAUCUCUCCAUUCGCAACUUUUAUCGCGCUCAUCGCAUUCGUCGCGCGCCCAUUACGCGCCGUGGUCGAAUUAAAUCUUAUUAAGCAGCGGCGUAAAUGCAAAUGCGAGAAACACGUAGCCGGGGGAAGAGCGGCCGCGAGAUAGACGGAGAGGCGUAAUACCUGCGAGGAAACGAGGAAACGUUACUCGCGGUUCAAGGACCCCGUGAAGUUACGAGAGAGACGAGCAGCAGCGGCGACGACGACGACGACGACUGGCACACUCGAGCGGGAAGACACGUUCGUUAUACUUACCAAAAUCGAUCAUCGAUUAUAAAACGUUCUAUUAAAGAAGAGGUUGUCGCUUCUCAGACGACGCCUGAUGAAAUGUUGAAUAAAUUAACGAGAUACAGGAUAUCCUUUCGCAAUAAAACCGUUUCACUAAUGACGCUCGACGUGUCCCGCGAGUUAUGUCGGUUCAGCUUACGCGACGUGUCGACGGAGACAUCACUAGUGCUCUGCAAUAGAAACGCACUAUGUAUGAUAUAUAGAAGAUGCUAUCUACCGACUGAAAUAACGUUGCACCGGUUUGUGUACAAGUAACGAAGGGGAAAGUUUAACGACGAAGUUGGAUGAACAAGUUUCGUAUAGCAUAUCGAGUGUCAAGCGUUGAAUAAUUAAACGAGCUUAUUAAAGAAAGCGAUCGCCACUUUAUUAUCAUCAACAAAGUUCGACCGAUACGUAACUCCAUUAUCUUUGAAGAUUCGAAGAAGAUAACAACGUUUUUUCUUCACUUUUCUAUCCGUGCAAGAAUUGUGGCCAAAAAUCGACGUCACCCGAGGUAGCCGCGAUUUUCGAAGAUUCGCGAGAGGAGAAUCUACGCCGGUUCCUCUCCCCGUGAAAGCUGCGAAAGUGCCGGUCGUCCGUAGAUCGAGAGUCUCCGAGUUGUCGCCGGCUCUCGCAGGACCGUCGACGAGACAAGGAUCGAGAGGCGCGCGCGCUCGCGCGCGAAUGCUGAAUGCCGCAGGCGGUAGCAUCGCCAGCAAACGCGACGUGCACCACGUUGUUCGCCAUCGGCGCGGCCGCCGACGCCGUGAUCGCUCGUACGUACGUUCGAUGCAAUCCGUACAAUGGACGUUUUCAAACUCGAUCAGUCGCUGAGCGCGGGUUUGGGCAGCGCCCCGGCGCCGGACACCCUCACGCCGGAAGUGUCGUUCGACGCCGGCAGUGAGUUCAACCUGAGCUUCUUCGACGGCCCGGAGGAGAACAACAGCACCCAGGGCUUCAGCGAUCCCGGUUCCGUGGGUAGCGCCAGCGCCUCGCCGCCCCCCGGUACCCCCGUCGCCGCCGCCGCCGCGACCGUCGCUGCCGCCACCGCCGCCGCAGCCUCCGCUUCCGCCGGUGUUAAUAAUCCGAACGCGCCCCCGCUGCCGAUUGUCCAAGUGCCCACCGCCGGCAUCGUCAUUAAGCAAG